GCUCGACAACAAUGCCGGAGCUGCAGACCGUUUCACCUCUUCCAGGCAACUACUCACCAGCUGAGACCGGCACAAGAUGGCGUGCUCUGACCAGGUACUGAUCAGAGCCUAGUAGCUUGGAGCAGGCCAACAGAAAAACAGGCAAAUGAUCACCCUAUAUAAACCUCGCAUUUUCGAUGCCAUUCUUGCAUAAUCUCAGCCGCAACUGCGUGCAACUACGUCUUGGGGAUCAGAUCAGAUGUCGUCGACCUCGCAAGUGGCGCCGCUCGCCGUGCUCGUCUUCCUGGUCUGCGCGACGCUCGCCUCCGGCGCCGCCAGCGUCCGCGUCGGGCUCACGCGCAUCCACGCCGACCCCGGCAUUCCCGCGUCCCAGCUCGUGCGCGACGCGCUGCGCCGCGACAUGCACCGGUCCGCCGGCCGCGCGCUCGGGGCCUCCGACGACGGCGCUGCUGCCACCACGGUGUCCGCGCGCACCCGCAAGGACCAGCCCAACGGCGGCGAGUACCUGAUGACGCUGGCCAUCGGCACGCCGCCGGUGGCGUACCCGGCCAUCGCGGACACCGGCAGCGACCUCAUCUGGACGCAGUGCGCGCCCUGCGGCGGCCAGUGCUUCAGGCAGCCGGCGCCGCUGUACAACCCGGCGAGCUCCACCACCUUCGGCGUGCUCCCGUGCAACAGCUCGCUGAGCAUGUGCGUGGGGGCGCUGGCCGGCGCCGCGCCGCCGCCGGGGUGCGCGUGCAUGUACAACCAGACGUACGGCACCGGGUGGACGGCGGGCGUCCAGGGCUCCGAGACCUUUACCUUCGGGGCGGCGGCCGCCGACCAGGCCCGCGUCCCCGGGAUCGCCUUCGGGUGCAGCAACGCCAGCAGCGACGACUGGACCGGCUCGGCGGGGCUCGUCGGCCUGGGCAGGGGCGCCCUGUCGCUCGUCUCGCAGCUCGGCGCCGGCAGGUUCUCCUACUGCCUCACGCCGUUCCAGGACGCCAACAGCACCAGCACGCUCCUCCUCGGCCCGUCGGCGGCGCUCAACGGCACCACCGGCGUUCGUUCCACGCCAUUCGUCGCCAGCCCGGCCAAGGCGCCCAUGAGCACCUACUACUACCUCAACCUCACCGGCAUAUCCCUCGGCACGACGGCGCUGUCCAUCUCUCCCAACGCCUUCUCCCUGAACGCCGACGGCAGCGGCGGGCUCAUCAUCGACUCCGGCACGACCAUCACGUCGCUGGUCGACGCCGCGUACCAGCAGGUCCGCGCCGCCGUGAAGUCCCUGGUGACGCUGCCCGCGAUCGACGGCUCGGACUCGACGGGGCUCGACCUGUGCUUCGCGCUGCCGUCCCCGACGUCGGCGCCGCCGGCCAUGCCGAGCAUGACGCUCCACUUCGACGGCGCGGACAUGGUGCUCCCGGCGGAGAGCUACAUGAUCUCGGGCUCCGGCGUGUGGUGCCUGGCGAUGCGGAGCCAGAUGGACGGCGCGAUGAGCACGCUCGGCAACUACCAGCAGCAGAACAUGCACAUCCUCUAUGACGUCCGGAAGGAGACGCUGUCGUUUGCUCCGGCCAAAUGCAGCACGCUCUGACCAGAUUUGUACAGAUACAUAUACGUGUGCAUAGGACUCAUGAUUUUUGUACAGAUACAUAUACAUUCUAGAUUGUUAUAACUAAACAUUCUAAUUCAAUUAUUGAAAAACUGAAACUUGUGCUGAAUUCAA